AUGUUAACAGAAACCUGGUUAUCAACAAACAUUCCUGACUCUCUGAUAUCUCUUCAAGGCUAUCAGUUGUAUCGUCAAGAUCGUAACACUGGUAGAGGUGGCGGCAUCUGCAUUUUUAUCGAUAACAAAUUAGCAUCUAAAGUCCAAAUUUCAACGAUUCCUUUUGAAACACCUGCGGGCUGCGAGGCAUUAGCCUUAAACAUGCAUUCACCUCAAUUUAGUCUUUCUAUAGGUUGCAUUUAUAGACCCUUCUUUAGACCCAUUCCGGAAAUUGAUUUUUCUUUAUUCCACAGCAUUAAAAAUUUUUCCCUUUCCAACAAAAAUGUGAUCAUCGCAGGCGACUUUAACAUGACACACCUAUCUUGGCCAAUAAUACCAAAUUUGCCCUACAACGAAAACAUUUUGGACUCUAUUCUGGAAGGAAACUUAAACCAAUUAAUCACGAAGCCAACGAGGAUUCGACAAAAUCAAGCCCCUUCUCAAACGGAUUUAAUUUUUACAAAUGAUUUACAUUUACUGACAAACAUAGAAUACUUACCACCAUUAGGAAAAUCAGAUCACCUCACAAUUGCAUCCAAGCUCCAAAUCCAUGUCACGCAAGCAAAAAAUGGGAUCAUUAAAAGAAUUAAUCGCACAAAUUACGACAAAGUUCGAAAUGACCUUGCCCUUAUCAGCUGGAACUCAGCAUUCAAUUCACUCAACACUUCUCAAAUGUGGAAGUUAUUUGAAACAAAAUUAUCCAGUUCCGUAAAAAAACAUACUUCUACUAUAAAAAUUAAAGUCCUCCCUCAGAAACCUUGGAUAAAUCACCAUUUACUCAAGUUAAUCAAACAAAAAAAGCGUAUUUGGGAAGCAUAUAAAAGAAGUCCAUCGGAAAACAAAUAUCUCGAUCACAGAAGAUUUUCUAACCACGUCGUUUCAGAGCUGAAAAAAGCAAGAAAAAUUUUCGAAGACAAUUUAGCAAAAUCAGAAUCUUCUAAGAAAUUUUACAAAUACAUAAGGUCAUCCCUCUCAACCAAAGUUGGUAUUCCAUUACUAAGAAAACCCGACGGCAACCUUUGCCUAUCUAACAAAGAAACAGCGGAUCUCCUUGCAGAUGAAUUCCACUCCAACUACAGUCUGGAAACUUAUGGACCAUUUUUAAAGACAAUCGUUUCAAACAGAAAUUCCUUGUCGAACAUAAUUAUUACAGAGGCAGCGAUAAAAGAAACUCUCAAAGAAAUAGCUAAAAGACAAAGCGCCCCAGGUCCCGACAACAUCACUUGCCAGGUUAUCAACGCCUGUAUCGAGGAAAUUACCACCCCCAUAUUUUGCAUCACCAAAUCUUCAAUUGAAGAAGCAACACUUCCCUGCCAGUGGUUAACAGCCAACGUAACUCCAAUCUACAAAAAAGGAGACAAAUUUUCCCCCACAAAUUACCGGCAAAUAAGUUUAACAUCGAUUAUAUGCAAAGUACUGGAAACGAUUAUAUAUAAACAAAUGUUGACAUUUUUACUACACGAAAUAGUAUAUUAUUAG